UCCGAACUAAAACCGGAAGUAAACAAACCAUCGAGCCGUUCAACACAAUGAUAAAACUGACAAAUACAGUGCGUUUUACUUGUAAACGACUUAAGAGAAGUUAAUCUACAGCUGUAACCAGUACUUCAUUGAUUACUGUUAAUUGUUAGGUGAGCGAACGGAGAAGUUUCAGUUGAUCCAUUUUUUGGGCAUUUGUUCUGCUGCGUUUGUUCAUGUUUUGAUCCAAGGCACUCAUUCAUACAAGAUAUUUCCCUCCAAGCACGUUCACACUGUGAUAAUGGAUUCAAUGGACAACCUCAAUCAUACAGUGGGGACCAUGGCCUUAAAUGAUGAUCCUGCUCCAGAGAGCUCCACCGGACAAAAGGAUACCUCACCUGCAGAGAUAUUGAGAAUAAAACAGCAGAUGUCCAACCAGUGCUUUGAGAUGGCAGUACAGCUCCACACAGAAAAAAGUAAAAGAUCAUGCAGCACAUCAGAAGCAGACAGAGACUUGCCAGAUUAUAUCGAGGAGCUUGAAAGGGUCAAGACAGUUCAUUUCAACAGCACACUGGCACUGCACAGAAUGCAGAUGUGGCAUGCUAUCGGAGAAAAGCUGAAAGAGAAGGAUUCUGAGGCAGACGCCCUGAAAUCCGUGAGCGAUCGCUGCAUGGCUCUUUGUUCACAGAUAAAACAAUUUCAGCAAGAGUCAAGAUCUCUUCAAGAUGAAAUCACAGAUAUACAGAUGAAGAGACUUGAGAUAAAACGGCUCACUCAUGAGAAAAUGAAACAGAUAGAGGAGUUGAUGUCCAAGAAGGAGCACCCGGACUCGGAGAAGUACAAAGUUGCACUUGAGAAAGGACAAAUGAACUUGGAGAAAUACAAAAAGAUCACCAUCAUGACCCAGAACGUUUUCAGGGGCAUCCUUUUGGCCUGUAAAGUCAACUGGCUGGAUGAUCCCAAACUUCGAGAAAUUGCCAUGUCACUGGAGGAGUUUCCUAUCUCUGACUAGAAAGGGAUUUUAAAAUCUCAGUUGUAUGUUUCUGUGUUAUUUCAAUAAACAAUGUAAUAAAAAAAGAAAGUCUAAUUUUUGUAUGGUAAUGUCGGCC